GACUCUGCUGAGCGCCUCUCAGGAUCCGAGCAUCAGCCCUGGAUUAUUUGGGACAGAAACUGUUGAAUAUGGACUACACAUGGCUGCUGCUGCUGCUGCUCAACCUCAGUGGAGCUAUGUGUGCAGUGGUGCAAUGGACAGAAUUAGAUGAAGCUAAGGCCUAUUUGAAGCAGUAUGGUUACCUGAAUGACCCCGCUGAUCCACAGGACCCCUAUUACCUGGAGGAGGUCAUUGAAGGUCUCAGGGUUUUCCAGAGGGUGAAUGAUCUGCCACCUACUGGAGAAUUAGAUGAAGCUACUCUGGUUGUGAUGAGGCAGCCUCGCUGUGGCAUGGAGGACCCGUUUAACAAGAAGCAUCACAAAUACAGAGUGAUGGGUCGUUGGAGAAAGAAGAGUCUGACCUACCGGAUCUACAACUACACACCUGACAUGAAGAAGGCAGACGUCAAGAUGGCCGUCCGCUCUGCCUUCAGGUACUGGAGUGAUGUGGCUGCUUUGACCUUCAGAGAGGUCGACUAUGGCCGAGCAGACAUAAAGAUCUCCUUCCAUAAGAACGAUGGAUUCUGCUCCGUCCCAUUUGAUGGCCGUGGUCGUGUACUCGCCCAUGCUGAGUCACCAGAAUCUGGUAUUGUCCAUUUUGAUGAGGAUGAGUUCUGGACCGAGAGAUCAUAUUAUGGUACUAAUCUGCGUAUUGUGGCUGCCCAUGAAAUCGGCCACGCUCUCGGCCUGGGCCACUCUCAGUUCAGAAGCGCUCUGAUGGCUCCAGUCUACUCUGGUUACCGUGCCAACUUCAGGCUGCAUACAGAUGAUGUCAGAGGCAUCCAGCUGUUAUACGGCAAACGCGUCAGCAGCACUUUAGCCAGUCAAACAAUCCCAGACGGCCUGCUUCCCACAGAGAGCAGCCAUGGCACUGAGAACAUCCCUGACCCCUGCACUGCCACGCUGGAUGCCAUCAUGUUAGGUCCAUGGAGGAAAACCUUUGCUUUCAGUGGUGAUUACGUCUGGACGAUCUCUGAUCUGGGACACAACACACCAAUACAGAUCAACAUGCUGUGGAAGGUCCUGCCAGGAAACCUGAAUGCUGCUGUGCACUCGCCAAGAACCAACAAGACGUACUUUUUUAAAGGCAACAAAGUGUGGAGGUAUACCAUGUUCAUGCUGGACUACGGCUACCCCAAACAGAUUAAACGGAUCCCUCCUAACAUCGAUGCAGCCAUGUACCUGGAGAAGAACAAGAAGCUGGUCUUCAUCAAGGGUUCAGAGCACUGGCAGUGGGAUGAGCUGAAGUACACCGACUUAAGUCUCUACCCCAAGCCGCUCUCUAUGCUCUUCACCGGAGUGCCGUCCAGUCCGGAUGCAGCCUUCACCUGGACCAACGGAAAGGUCUUCUUCUUUAAGGGAGAUGAGUACUGGCGUGUGAAUGAGCUGCUAGGGGUCGACAGAGGAUACCCGCUGAGCAAGAAGGAGCGCUGGAUGCGAUGCUAGGGGUCGACCAUCAGGGGGCAGCAUGUGUCAAGAGGUCUACAGCAGGGGGGGCUGGUUCCACUCCAGACAACCUGGCAACCUCAACAGCAGUGUUUGAUUGUGAAAUGUCUUCUACCACGUUAAAGGAAUACUUCACCCUUUAAAUGAUCAUCUGUAUAUCAAUUAAACUUUCUUCUUCUCGCAUUAUUCUGCGGUGAAAGAAGAAUCAAAAAGCGGAGGAAAUUCUUGAUGAAUUGAAGUAAAUGGGGGGCCGCGUUUAACAAACAGAAAGACUAUAUCACAACAUCCAUUUGCAAACUCACACACAUGUCAUGUAGUAUAAUCAAAGUAAUGAUAACAAUAA